AUGAAGUUGUUAAUAGCUAUAGGAUUUUGUUUGGCAGGAUGCUGUGCUCUAAGCACGAAACAGCAGCGCAGGUUCCCCGAUGAUUUCCUCUUCGGGACGGCGACUGCCUCCUACCAAAUAGAGGGAGGAUGGAACGCGGAUGACAAGGGAGAGAACAUCUGGGAUCACAUGACUCACACCAAGCCUCAUGUGAUCAAAGAUCAGAGUAAUGGCGAUAUCGCUGCCGACACCUACCACAACUACAAACGCGAUGUCGAGAUGAUGCGUGAGCUUGGCUUGGAUGCGUACCGAUUCUCUCUCUCUUGGUCCAGAAUCCUGCCUGAUGGCUUUUCCAAUAGGGUCAGCAAAGCAGGCGUCACUUUCUACAACAAUUACAUCGACGAAAUGCUAAAGUACGGCAUCACGCCGAUGAUCACUCUCUACCACUGGGACCUACCCCAGAAACUGCAAGAGUUAGGAGGUUUCGUCAACCCACUGUUCCCGGACUGGUUCGAAGACUACGCGAGGGUUGUGUUCGAACACUUCGGUGAUAGGGUGAAGCACUGGAUCACCUUUAAUGAGCCAAUGGAGAUCUGCUUCCAAGGUUAUGAUUUGACGUUGAAAGCCCCGCAGUUAAAUGCCACCGGUGUCGGCGUGUACCUUUGUGCCAAGAGCCUGGUUUUAGCACACGCUAGGGCCUACCACGCAUACAGGAAUGAUUUCGCCCCGAGCCAAGGCGGACAAUGUGGUAUUACCAUCAGCGUUAACUGGUUCGAUGCGAACACCGAAUCUGAAGAAGAUCAGAUCGCAGCUGAACUCUUUAGACAAGGACGGUGGGGAUUAUACGCGGAACCGAUCUUCUCCGAACAAGGCGGCUUCCCCAAGGAGCUCUCUGAGAGGGUCGCCCAAAAGAGCAUGGAGCAGGGAUACCCGAGGUCCCGGAUGCCAGAGUUCACUGACGAAGAGAGGGCCUUUGUCAGGGGCGCCGCUGAUUUCUUCGGAGUGAACCAUUACACGGCUCAACUUGUGUCAGCCAGUGGUGGAGAUUUCAUAGUGCCUUCCUUGAGUGAUGACGUUGGCGCGACCAGCUAUGCACCAGACGAUUGGCCCGUGGCUGCAUCUUCGUGGUUGAUAGCUGUUGAGAGGACGAAAACAGAUAUCCACUCGACCCACUCGGUUGUGGUUGCUGUAGUGUGGCUACGUUUGCCGCAAGCAAAGGGAAAUGGAGAGCAGAACUUAGCCCCAUCAUCCUCCCCUCAGAAUACGCAGCAAGCGCCAGACAGCAUGCUCAACGCGCUCACCCACCUCAAGGAGAAGUACAACAGUCCAACGUUUUACAUAACGGAGAACGGCUGGUCCAGCCCGCCAGGGGCUGGUCUCCUGGAUGACGACAGGAUCCGGUACUACCGGGCGGCUCUGGAGAAUGCGCUCGAUGCUAUCGAUGCAGGCGUGAACCUGAAGGGUUACAUGGCCUGGAGCCUGAUGGACAACUUCGAGUGGAUGGAAGGCUACACAGAACGCUUCGGUCUCUACCAAGUGGACUUCGAGGAUCCAGCGCGCAGCCGCACGCCCAGGAAGUCGGCGUUCGUCUACAAGCAGAUCGUCAAAUCGCGCGUCAUCGACCACGAAUACGAGCCAGACUCCAUGACCAUGACCAUCGACGAAGGUCAC